CAUUGUUAAUCGUGCAAGCUAUAAACAACAUGGACUUACUUAACAAAAUUCUCAACUUGUUGGUUUUGGUCCUCUAUGUGGUGUGCUACGUCCUGGGCGCCUGCAACGACGGCUUCUACGCAAGGAAUGGCAAUUUGGUCAUUGACUUAAAUAAUCUACAAGCGCAAUUUGAUUGCGUGCAACAGCAGCAUCGCGGAUAAUACAUAAUAAUAAUAAAAUAAUAUUGUAUUAUGAAGUUUAAAUAAAAGCUGUACAAGUUUAUUU